CAGUAGUUUUAGUAAGUGUACGUUCGGAGCUAAGAUUUACGGGUGUGCGCAGGCGCAAGCGUCCUCGGAAAGUUCCCCAUCUGCUCCUGGUAGUAGCGUCCUCCGGCCGGUAGAGGGGGCUACCGAAACGCUCCGCUACCUGGCGCGCACUUGGAGCUGAACCAACUGCACAUGCGCGCUACUCGUCCGGUGCUAGAGAGAUGGCCGAGUCCCCCGCCAUUAAGAGGAAGCGUGAGGAGAAAGAGGGGAAGAACGGGUCUGCCGCGUCCCAAAAUGAACGGCCGGCCGCCGGCGAUUUCCCUUUGGCCGAGCUCUCCGUGCUGAAAGUGCUGAGGGAGUCUGCGCGGGAAAAGGCGAUCUUCCUCCACGGGCGGGUGAAUAGUGCUUCUGGGGAUGAGACAGAUGCUGUAGUGAUUCUUGAGAAGAUUCCCUUCCAGGAAGAGAACAUUGCUGAACUCCUAAAGAAGCACACUGCAUUUCAGCUCCAGAUGUCCAAUGAUAUCUACAGCACUUACCGCCUUUUCCUUCCUCCAGAAUUAAAUGAGAUAAAAACUACUGUGGUGUACCCAGCAACCGAAAAACAUCUUCAAAAAUACUUGUGCCAGGCAGUGUAUCUCAUCCAGGAGACUGGGGAGGAUUAUAAGAACAUCACUCUGCCUUUCAUCGAAUCACAGAGUUUCAGCAUUCAGUGGGUCUACAACAUCCUGGAGAAGAAGGCUGAGGUUGAUCGAAUUAUCUAUGAAAAUCCAGAUCCCAUCAAUGGUUUUGUUCUCCUUCCAGACUUUAAAUGGAAUCAAAAACAGCUUGAUGAUUUGUACCUAAUCGCCAUCUGCCACCGUAGGGGAAUCAGAUCACUGAGAGAUCUUACUGCUGAGCAUCUCACUUUGCUUAAGAACAUCUUGCAAGAAGGAGGGGAGGCCAUACAAAAGCGCUUUGGCCUUGCAAAGACCCAGCUGCGGGUUUACUUGCAUUACCAGCCAUCAUAUUUCCAUCUUCAUGUGCAUUUUACUGCUCUGAGCUAUGAUGCACCAGGGUGCUCUGUGGAGCGGGCCCACCUCCUUUCCGAUGUGAUGUUUAAUCUGGAGCUUGACUCACAGUAUUAUCAAAAGUGCACCUUGACCUUUGCUCUCCGAGCAGAUGAACCUCUGCUGAAGGAAUUCCAGGAAGCUGGUAAAGCCUGAACAUCUGAGGAUGUUGAAGAAAGAAUGGACGAAAAUAUAUAUAUAAACAAGGAAUGAGGAUACCUUUAAAUAGUCUGUAAGAUAUUUUGGUUUUUUUAAAGACUUAAUUUGUAUUUCUUUCUAUUGGAAUGUGUUUUUUAAAAUCAAUAAAUAGCUGUGUUCAGGAGUUCUAGAUGUAUCUUCCUUCCUCCCAACACCACCCUUUUUUGAACCAUGUUUUGUUACCCUGAGCAUUUCUAGGUAAAAUCUUGGUUAAAGAAUUUGUGGUCCUUCAGAUGUUGUUGGGCCCCAGCUCCCAUUUACCUAAACCAGCAUGAGUAAUGGCUAGAGUUGAUAGGAUUUGAAAACCAACAGAAUCUGGAAGGCUAUAGGUAUUAUAUUCCUGUGCUAUAUGGAUCAUGGAUCUGACAUUUUAUAUAUUAGCAGUAGGAAGGCUGGUGCCCUUCGUUUUGCAGUUGAACACCCUUCAACCCCACCAGCUUGCAUGAUGGUGAGGGAUUGUGGAGGUUGUAUUCAAAAAUGAUCUGGAAAAACAUCAUGAUGCAAGCAAUGGCAUAUAUGCUUCAUUCUUCCAUUCCCUUCUGCUAAAUCUUGCAAUAUUAUAUUGAACUCUGGUCCUGUUUUAAAGCUGCAGUACUGUACAUUAGCCUGGUUCCCUUCCUCAGCCUAAUUACUCUUCAGAUUUUUUGGACUACAGUUGAUCAUCUGACCCUCGGCUACCAAGCAUGGAGACGGAAGCUCUACACACUUAACCUGGAAGAAAGCCACAUCUAAAACAGUAAUGAUUUCCAUACAAAAACCGUUUGAGGUCCUCUGUAAAAAAUCAUAGGAGGACAGAUAUUUGCAACCCAAUUCAAUCCAGUCUAUGAAAAUUUCUCUUCUUUUUUUUUGGUCUUUGUUUUCCAGCUCCCAUAUUCCCGUCUUGUACUUUUCAGUCAAUAGUGCCUAGUCACUGUAUUGGCUUUGUCUAGCUUAGGAAUGGUGCAUGCAUGGCCCUCCAGAUGUUGAACUCCAACUUAUGUAAGGGAUUAUUGCAGCUGCAAGCCAACAACAUCUGGAGGGCCACCCAUCGCCUACCAAAGUCCUUAUGUAACUUUUUUGUUCCAAUAAAGCUGACCAUGUGUUUCCUGUAAAACAUCUGCAUAGUUUCUCAGCAUUUUUUAAUUCAAAAAUUAAUGUGUUUUAAUUUUAAUUGAACAUUGCAUGAGAUCAGAGCUGCUCAGCUAAUGCUAGGGUGGCUGGGAGCAGCCUUUAAAAAAGGGUUUUCACUGUAAUAUGGGUAGAAGAAUUGA